GAACCGGAAGUGCGUCACCGCCACUUCCGGCGCAAAGGCUCAAAGAUGGCGGCGUUGGCUCUGAGGGGUUUGGGGCGGCGCUGCCUCCUGGCCCGGCUGGGCCCCGGCCCCGCCCUGCGCCAGGUGAUCCCGAUGGGGACGACGGCGCAGGAGGAGAUGCGGCGCUUCUGGGACAGGAACGCGCGCUCGGGGCGGCCGCUCCCCCACGUCAGCAUCUACAAGUGGUCUCUGCCCAUGGCCAUGUCCAUCACCCACCGCGGCACCGGCGUCGCCCUCAGCCUCGGCGUGUCCCUGUUCUCCCUGGCCGCUCUCCUGCUCCCGGAGCACUUCCCGCAUUACCUGGCGCAGGUGCGCGCCCUCAGCCUGGGCCCCGCCCUGAUCCUCUCGGCCAAGUUCCUGCUGGUCCUUCCGCUCUCCUACCACACCUGGAACGGCGUCCGGCACCUGGCCUGGGACCUGGGCAAGGGGCUGCGGCUGCCGCAGGUGACCCAGUCCGGGCUGCUGGUGCUGGCCCUGACCCUGCUCUCCUCGGCCGCCCUGGCCGCCCUGUGAGCCCAAACCCCCAAAUCCCCCAAAUCCCGGGAAUCCCCAAAUCCCCUUCUGGGGAAGGUGACGCUUUUCCUGAAAACUCCCGGGGAUGAGCAGAGCUGCCUCUCCCUCCCUCCCUCCCUCCCUCCCCACCCACCGCCGGCGCUGUCCCCACGCGUCCCCAAGGCCGGGACAAUGCGGGAUUUGUGUCCCCCACGAGUGGGAUCGGGAUCGGGGUGGGGACAAGGAGCUCCAUUGAGGCCGAGCCCCACGGGGGUGGGGGGACAGGUGACACCGCCCGGGCCGCUCCCAUCCCACGGGAAUUCCGUCCUUCCUCGGCCUCGGGGAGGGAUUUUGUCACCUGGACCCUCCGGAAUAAAGCAGCUCCGCUCCUCCGGC